AUGGGGUUUACUCUCGGCUAUAAAUUUUCGUCACUAAUACUGUUGGCUCAAUUUUUUUCCACGGAUCAAAACAAUCAAAAACACACUCAUCUCCUCUCAUCAAAGAUAUUCAACCUCAUGAGAAUCCCAUUUGCAGUGAUUAGUUUAUUUGUUGCCAAUGUUUACUCGUUGACCUUAGUGCAACCGGAGGCAACACCUGAGCCAAGUUUGGUUGCUACCACAGAUUCUUCACAACCUUCACAACAUUUAUUCAAAAGGGCGAAGGAAGUGAUAAUCAACAAGCAGCAUGCACAAAACCAGGCUCAAAAGACAGCUUCGUCGUCAUCAGAUACACCUCCACCAGCUUGGUACCGCACAGUUAAUGGACAAGUUGAGAUUGUGAAACCAACUGUGAUUGCAGGGGUCACCAUUAGCGCCAAACCACCAAAAACAACCGAUCCAUUACAGGAAUGGGUUAGUUUGAACAAAGAAGGUUUACCCAAAACGAUCAAACCAGAGAUAAAGAACGGAAGAACAAAGAAAGGGCAUCCUGAUUACAGUACGUAUUUUCAAAGUGCCACCACCAUCACAUUCAACAAAGAGCAAUUAAAGGCACAUAAUAUGGCGGAAGAUGAGGUAUUUGAAGAAGUUAAAUAUAUUGAAGAAUCAGACUUGGAAGACCAUAUGUUGAACCCGAUAAUACGAUGCACACCAGCUCGCUACAAGAAGAAAGGUAUUGCCAAGGACGUAUCGACCGAACCAUUUUGUACUCCAGAAGAUGAUGUGAGAUUAAAGUUGGACAAAACUCAUUUCAUAACGUGGUAUUCGCGUUAUUUUGCUCCCGAAGUGCAGAAGGUCAGGAUCCAUUUGUCCUAUGUUCAGGAGAGUGCUAAGCAAAAGGGUUGGAAGAAGAGGGAUCUUGUUGACUUAGAUGAAGAAGGCGAUAUUGAUUAUACACCAUUCGACAAAAGAUCAAAAGUGCUUGAACAUGGAGGUAAAGUCAAAGAAGGAUUUUUCGUGUCAGACUGGCUUAGUAAUGAAGAUGGAUAUUACCCAUUAACCAUUAUCGAAGAGUGGUUUCCCAAGAAUGCGUAUGAAAAGAAGGUUUUGAUUUCUUUACAGCCUGAUAACGUACCUGAUGACGAGUUCAAUGUAUUGACAGACUCGAUUGUUGUUGAAUUCUGGAAAGGUUCAAACGUUGCCAAAGGUGAUUUCCUUGAUUUGCAAAGACAAGAGGAGAAGCACGUGCAUAAAUAUUUAACAGGUGAUAAUAUUGAAGAAGGUAUCGACUAUGAGGAGUACUUGAUUAUGAUGACUUUACCUACUUGUGUUGUGAUUGCAGCAUUUGGUAUGUGGCUCUUUGUCAGAAUCAAUCGCUUUGAUUUGAGUCAUUUGAAGAAGAAAAAGUUUGCCAGGGAAAAGACUACUCACAGAAUGAUUCCUUUUGUUUCCAAAAAGAAAAAGAAUUAUGAAAGCUUGCCACUUAGUAAUAUGGAUGUCGGUGGUUCGAAACGAGAUUAG